UUGAUUAAUUUCACAUUUACAGGGUUAUUAUUAUUAUUUUUUUUAAUAAAUUAAUCAAGGAGAAAACUGGGAAAAAGCCAACAGGCAAAUAUGAAACUAAGGCGGGAGCGCAAAGUUUCCUCAAAAUUUAAAUAACCCCGCGACUCAUUUGCUGACCUCAUUAAAAACACAAGUUUAUAUAAAAACCGACAAAAUCACAUUCCCGUAUCAAAAAUAUUCACACCAGAAUAAAAACUUCCUCUCUUUCACUUUUUUCUUUUCCCAAUUUACCCUUCUCUAUCUAUCCAAUUUUCCUCAACACCCCUCCCGCCAUUGCCAUGGAUCGCAGCGAGCGAAGAUCAGGCAGCGCGCGUAGAAGCUUGAAGCGUAAGCUUGAAGAAGACUUCAAUGAAACUCGUCAAACCAAGCUCGAUCUUUCUCCUUCAAUGAAACUACCGAAUCAUCAAGAUCUGAUAGUCGAGAUUAAUUCGUAUGUUCAUCUUCUUCAUCGCUCCUUCUCGUCGUCUGAUUCCGAUCGUGCCGAUUCCAAACGCGCCACUCAUUUUUUCUCCGAACUCGCCAAAAACGAUGAAUUGGCGAGUUUGAUAGUUGAUUGUGGAGCUGUGCCAGCUUUAGUGAUGCAUCUUCAGUCGCCACCAAACGACGGCGUUUCGAAGCCCCUUGAACACGAGGUUGAGAAAGGAAGUGCUUUUGCGCUCGGUCUUAUUGCUGCUAAGCCAGAACACCAACAAGUUAUACUUGACGCAGGUGUUUUGCCUCAUCUUGUUGCUCUUUUAAAAAAGCAUAAAAGUGGCUGUAAUUCUCGAUCUCUCUGUGGUGCUGUAAGAAGAGCAGCCGAUGCUUUAACUAAUUUGGCUCAUGAAAAUCAUAAUGUCAAAUCUCGUGUCAGGGUUGAAGGCGGCAUUCCACCACUUGUCGAACUUUUAGAUUCUACUGAUGUCAAAGUCCAAAGAGCAGCAGCUGGUGCUCUAAGAACUCUUGCUUUCAAAAAUGAUGAGAAUAAAAAUCAAAUUGUAGAAUGCAAUGCUUUGCCUACCCUAAUAUUAAUGCUUCGCUCUGAGGACCCAGCUAUUCACUAUGAAGCGGUUGGUGUCGUUGGGAAUUUGGUUCACUCGUCUCCUAACAUAAAGAAAGAUGUUCUCCAAGCUGGUGCCGUGCAACCUGUCAUCAGGCUGCUCAGCUCUUGCUGUUGUGAGAGCCAAAGAGAGGCAGCUUUACUCCUUGGACAGUUUGCCUCUGCUGAUUCAGAUUCCAAGGUACACAUAGUCCAGAGAGGUGCUGUCCCACCUUUGAUCGAGAUGCUCCAUUCACCUGAUGCUCAGCUUAUGGAAAUGUCUGCUUUUGCUCUUGGAAGGUUGGCUCAGGAUUCACAUAAUCAAGCUGGUAUAGUUCAAUGUAGUGGUAUCAUGCCCUUGUUGAAGCUACUUGAUUCAAAAAGUAGUCCUCUACAGCAUAAUGCUGCAUUUGCUUUAUAUGGCCUUGCAGACAACGAGGAUAAUAUUGCAGAUCUUAUUAAAAUUGGUGGUGUUCAGAAACUCCAGGAAGGGGAAUUUAUAGCUCAGCCAACCAAGGAUUGUGUGGCAAAGACUAUGAAGAGAAUGGAAGAGAAGAUCCAAGGAAGAGUACUAAACCAUCUGUUGUACCUCAUGCGGGUUGCUGAUAAACCUGUUCAAAGACGAAUUGCUAUUGCACUUGCUCAUCUUUGUUCAUCAGAAGAUCAGAGGAGGAUUUUCAUCGACAACAAUGGUUUGGAUUUACUCCUGGAGCUUCUUGAAUCUUCAGGUACUAAGCAACAGCAAGAUGGUUCAAUAGCUUUGUACAAGAUGGCUAGCAAAACCAAUAUACUUUCACCAGUUGAUGCAGCUCCUCCAUCACCAACUCCACAGGUGUAUUUAGGUGAGCAAUAUGUAAAUAAUUCAACAUUGUCUGAUGUUACCUUCCUUGUAGAAGGCAGGAGAUUUUAUGCUCACCGUAUAUGCCUUCUUGCAUCUUCUGAUGCAUUUCGUGCAAUGUUUGAUGGUGGUUAUCGAGAGAAGGAUGCUAAAGAUAUAGAGAUUCCUAAUAUAAGAUGGAGUGUAUUUGAGUUAAUGAUGAGAUAUAUAUAUACAGGAUCUGUAAAUGUCAAUUUGGAUGUUGCUCAGGAUUUGCUUAGAGCUGCUGACCAGUAUCUACUUGAUGGUCUUAAACGGCUUUGCGAGUAUGCCAUUGCGCAGGAUAUCUCUGUAGAGAACGUUACAUUCAUGUAUGAGUCGUCAGAGGCAUAUAAUGCUGUGUCAUUAAGGCAUACAUGCAUCUUGUUUAUCUUGGAGCAGUUUGAUGGACUAAGUUCCAAGUCCUGGUACCCUCGCCUAAUUCAACGCAUUAUACCAGAGAUUCGUGAGUUUUUUGAAAGAGUACUUACAAAGCCUAGUCUUGUUGAAGUAACUGGAGAAUAGAAGAUCCAGUGCUUGUCUAAGUCUUGACUAACCAUCUAGGAUCUGUAAGCACAUAAACAAAAAUUUAGCUUCUUAAUCAUUCUUUGAGCUUGGGGAGCAGAAUUUCGCUUCCAUUCGGCAUAGUGAUCCUUGAGUAUAAUUGAUUAGUGUAAAGUAAUUACCAAACAUACUUUGGUAAAUGUUCCUUUUAGCCUUGUUUCUCUUAUAAUUUCUACUAAUAGCUAUGGGUAAUGUAAAUAUCCUGACAAAUUAGGGAGAAGAGUAUAGAAUAGCUUUUGUAUU